AUGCCGUCAGAUCAUUUCAUUCAUUCUGGCUUUACGCUCGUCGGGAGAAAUAACCUCGUGCGCGCCUCGUCAGCUAAGGACUCUUACAGCGACAGCGCUUAUCAACGACUAGCAAGAGAACUUGCUCUUUACGUGAUGAAGACAACAUCACCUAAUAAUCCCCAACGACAUGUGCCGACAGAUGAUGACCUCAGGUAUCAGGGAAGAUGGAUCCUGUUCGACGACGACGACCCACUGAAUGAGACUCCGGCGGAUAAUGCAUUGUGGCUUGAGGAGUUCAAGCGUGAUGUUGGUCUUUCUUUCGCUCCGACGCAGGCAGGCGAUGUGAUUUAA